UAAAACAAGAUAUUGAAUAAAAUCAUUUCCUCUAACUCCACCUUCCCUCCCUCCCCUCCCUCCCAAUUCUGGGUCCUCUUUCAUCCCUUUCCAUUUCCCCCCGCACGAAGUAUCCGCCCAUUGGUGCACCCAGUCACUUUGCAAAACAGCUGAGAGUCAGUAGAGACGAUCCGGAAAACCACGUUAGAUGAUCAACAACCUAAAUGAGCACAUUGCAUGCAUCGACGGCCGAGAGGCCUCGACGGGGGCAAUCUCGGAUCUACCAUGAUUUGGACCACGUACUUUUCACCUGUGUACAUAUCAGCAUUCCAGCGACCGUUCUCAAGAAUCUCGCUCUGGGUCAUGGCCUGUUUUCGAGCUUCAAGCUUGCCGGACAGCUGAACAACAAGGAAAGGUGUAACCCAUUCCAUCGCGAUCGGUCUGCAGACCGGCGUUCUUAUGUCUUCGCACAUCAAUAUAGGACCUUCUUCGUCCCGAGUCCAGUAACAAUGCGGCAAGCGUCUGCCAACAAAGCACAACCUUCAGAGUCGCUGUGGUGCGAUGAUUUCACAGAGCGCAUGAGAAAGAUCGCGUGUGAGAAGGAAGAGUUUUCCCGCAACCUCAUGACAUCUCAACAUAUUGUCUCGACCCAAACUCCAAUCCUCUCACAAGGCCAUCCAUGAUCCUGGAUCCAUCCCGAGGGCGAGACAAUUCAGCAAUCUCUCAAUCAAUAGAUUAACGCCAACGUCAGAAAUGAGCGAUCCCUCGUCAUUGACAUUGACCCCGGUCGAAAUGUGACGAUCUCCUUUUCUGGCCGAUACUACAUCACGUU